UUCAGUUCCGUGCGCCUGCAUGUUACGUGGAGUGGAAUCGCGAUUUCGUCAUUCAUUCAAUAUUCCGCGUAUAAAUACCCGUUACUGAUAAAUUGGUUUAUUGAAAGCGUCUACAAUGGGCGACAUAGCAGAGGAGACUGGAAAGAUUCGUAUAGCAGAUACACUCUACACAUCUGACAUAGCUGGAUGUGAUGAAACGGGCAAUGGUACGGAAGCCAAGCCAUUCAAAACCGUACUAAAGGCUAUGCUACAUGUAGGAAAGGAACCAUUUCCGGCAAUACACGUCAACGUGAAAAUUGAUGGAAUGAAUACGUUUACCCCAGUGUCACAAUCACAGCUGAAGAAAGCCAAGAAGUUAUUUCAACAGGAGCUGAAGAAGAUAGAAAAGAAAGCGCAGAAAGAGGCUGAAGAUGCUGAGCGCAGAGAAAAGAAUCUGGAAGAAGCCAAAAAAAUUGUGAUCAAGGAGGACGCAAGUCUUCCUACAGCAAUGGAGAUUAAGAUCAGAGAUGGAGACAAGCAUCGUGAUACGAGAGUUAAAGUUUACGGCUGGGUACACAGGCUGAGAAGGCAAGGCAAGGCCAUGAUGUUCAUCGUUCUACGCGAUGGCACAGGUUACCUGCAGUGUGUGCUGACCGACCUGCUGUGUCAGACCUACGAUGCGCUAAUCCUGUCUACCGAGGCCACCGUCUGCCUGUACGGGAUCAUCAAGCAGGUCCCCGAGGGCAAGUCCGCUCCAGGAGGGCAUGAAAUGCAGGUUGACUACUGGGAAUUGGUGGCAGGAUCACCUGCAGGUGGCGCUGACAACCUUGUCAACGAGAUGUCGCACAUCGAUGUUCAGCUAGAUAAUCGACACAUCAUGCUCCGCGGAGAUACAGUGUCAAAAAUAUUGAAGGCACGAUCUGUGGUGACUCAGUGUUUCCGAUCGCACUACUUUGAGAGAGGUUACUUUGAGGUCACUCCUCCGACAAUGGUACAGACGCAAUGUGAAGGAGGAUCGACAUUAUUUAAAUUUGACUACUUUGGAGAGGAGUCCUACUUGACUCAGUCAUCUCAGCUGUACUUGGAGACGGUCAUACCUGGUCUUGGAGAUGUCUUCUGCGUGGCUCAGUCCUACCGGGCAGAGUUGUCACGAACGCGGCGUCACUUAGCGGAGUACACGCACGUUGAGGCGGAGUGUCCCUUCAUCAACUUUGAGGAUCUGCUCACCCGGCUGGAAGACCUCGUGUGUGACGUCACAGAUCGCGUGCUCAAGUCACCGUUCGCUCACCUCGUCCACGAUCUGAACCCGGGAUUUGUGACGCCUAAGCGACCAUUUAAGCGUAUGAACUACACAGACGCCAUCGAAUACCUCAGAGAAAACAACAUCACGAAGGAGGAUGGCAGCUUCUACGAAUUUGGAGACGACAUACCAGAGGGCCCAGAGAGGCAGAUGACUGAUAAGAUCAACGAGCCAAUCCUCCUGUGCAGAUUUCCAGCUGAGAUCAAGGCCUUCUACAUGCCCCGCUGCCCAGAGGACAACCGCGUGACCGAGUCUGUGGACGUGCUUAUGCCGAACGUGGGAGAGAUUGUCGGCGGAUCGAUGCGUUCAUGGAAGUAUGAUGAGCUGAUGAAGGGCUAUGAACGUGAGGGCAUCGACCCAACGCCAUACUACUGGUACACUGACCAGCGUAAGUACGGUAGCUGCCCUCACGGUGGGUAUGGGUUGGGAUUGGAGCGCUUCCUAACGUGGCUGCUCAACCGCCCUCACAUCCGUGACGUGUGCCUCUACCCUCGCUUCAUCGAGAGAUGCAGGCCAUAGUUCAUCCACGCGAGCAACUCCAGCACACGGCGGCGCACGGAUUGCUGUAACUUAACAGCGCUCAGGGGAGCGAAAUUUGCAUUUUUGGGUACAUGUACACAUACCCAGCUUCAUACCAUAUAAGUAUAUUCAUUUGGUCUGAAUUCGACUGGACAACAAAUUUCCCUACACUGCUACACGUGCUGCAAGCUGACGGCUUAAGUGUCCCAUGCAGGCUCUUGAAAUCAUCAGUGGGCAGGGUUCUGGCCCGAGCUGGGAGCACCGUAGGUGAUGUGAAAUGCCAAUUUCUGUCUCUUUCUGUAUCCGUUUUUACAGUAUAGGGUGUACCCGAAUCAUGAACGCAAUCAGUCCCACAAUGUGUUGUUGUGCAAGUUGAUUAUUUGUGUAAAUGUGCAGGUGGCGCUGUUUGUAGGUCACAUUCGUCAAUGUUCGUAAGCCAAUUAAGGCACUUUCUGCACGUGUCGCGGUCACUGUUGCAGUGACAAGUGCAAGCAUACCCACCGUUUCAUGCGCUAUUAGCAACAAUUUGUCUGCAAAUACCAUCGAAACUCGUUUAACAGAGAAGAUAUGUUCCUGCGGCUUGUCCACUAGGCGAAACCUCCGUUAUACAGCGUUGUUAUAACGUGGUGCUUUCAGAGAUGCAUUGUAUCGUGGGAUGGUAACCUACAAAGGUGGCAGUGGACAGUAUCAUUAGUCCUUUUACACUAAUUUUGAGCGAUUUUGUUACUGAGUGAUGCUAAUUUACUAUUACACAGUGUUCAUUUAGUGAGUAUUUUACGUCUGUUUCAAGAAAAGCCGGUAAACAAUGCUUCUGUAAGCAGUUUUUGAUAAUAUCAGGAGUUAAUAAUGACAAAUUGUCAAAUGAUUAAUUUGUCAUUAUUAACUCCUGAUAAUAUAGGUAGAUUAUUUCUGUUCGUAACCAUUCGGCUCAUGGGCAUGCAGGCAAUAUUCUCAUGAUGUGAUCAUGGCAGCAUUAACCACACUGAUCUAGGCACGGAAAUAUGUUUGCAAGAUAUCCAAGUCCUUUUUGUUAUCAUAUCGAUUGCAACCUCCCUGUAAGAAUGUAAGUGUGUGUUGCUCGACAAAGACGGGAAGAUGUCUCUCAUGUCAGUGAGGAGCAUUCACAUCAAGCGGUUUCUUUCGUCUAGAGUAACCUUGUCGUUGUUUGGCCGUCUCGCCGAGAGUAAUGCACGCAAAGCUAUUUAAUUGCUGCCUAUUUCAGCUUCCUGCAUUAGAGAGUUAAUCACAACACUCAAGCAUUGGUUUUCCAGCUGCGGCGGUGGUACAAAGAUGCUUUCGAGAGAAAGAAAGGGCAAGCCCACUAGAGUAGGUGAGCUAGCGAGUGAGCGAGAGAACAUGAGAGAGAUAGAAAGGGAGAGAGAGGGGGAGAGGAGAAAGGAGAGAGAGAGAGAGAAAAAGAGAAGCCAUUGCUGCAAUUUGAUUCGUAUGCAGCACUUAGCGACGUGGCGGCGUAAUGAGAUCAUUGCAUUUAUCAUAAUGUGACCGGUUAUAUUAGCCACCGUGCGUGUACAGCUGCAUAGGUGAAUUGUGUUUCGCAUGAAGUGUGCCGUGCUACAUCAUGCGACUAGGUAUAGUCCAGCUUUCACAGCCUGCGUCACCAGUAGACUCUGCUAAUGCUGUGUUAUCACGCACGCAUGCAAGAGAAAUCUCACAAAGCUUUUCAUUUUGUGUGGGCGAGGUUAUUUCGCAUUGUUCCGAGUAGCAACUAAGUCGCAACAUUGUGCGUUCUUGUUUGUUACGUGUUAAUCGACGUGGGCACGCCACUCGCGGCAGCAUACAGUAAAUGUUAAGUUAACGCGUCAAUUAAAGUGGUGGAAUUUAUGUC